AUGUCAACUGAAAAACCAUCGGAGACACAGACAUCCUCCAACACACCAGAAACCACUCAAAUCAAAGGGGUGGUGCAAGGCAAAGUGAUUGGCCAAGGAACAUUUGCUUAUGUCAAAUUCGCAUAUCUAAAGAAAAACCCAUCGCGAACAUUUGCCAUCAAGUUUAUUAACCGUGCCAAAUGCCGUUCUAUGGGACUCACCGACGACGAUAUGAGCAAAGAAGUAAUGAUCCACAAGAAUUGUUCUGGUCAUCCUCAUAUUAUCCAACUUUUGGACAUUGGUUCAGACAAGCGAUUCAUUUGGAUGAUUUUGGAAUACGCCAGUCUGGGGGAUUUGUUUGAUAAGAUCGAACCAGACGUGGGAUUGGAAGAGGAUGUAGCCCAUUUUUAUUUCAAGCAGUAUGUUGGAGCAAUGAGUUUCUUGCAUAGCAGAGGAAUUUCUCAUCGAGAUAUCAAGCCAGAGAAUAUCUUGUUAGAUAAAAAUGGGGAUUUGAAAUUGGCAGAUUUUGGAUUGGCGUGUGUGUUUAGAAAGAAGAAUGGCGAUAAACGAUUCCAGCUGAAAGCUUGUGGGUCACCACCAUAUAUGGCCCCGGAGAUUGCGAAAAUAGAUACCCAAAAGGGUUACGAUCCAGAAAUGGUCGAUGUCUGGUCGAGUGGGGUGCUAUUGUAUGUGCUACUAACUGGGGAAACAUUAUGGGAUGAACCGACGGAUUUUGAUCCUGAUUUUAAAUAUUAUUUGGAAAACACUAAUAAAAUAGAUUUAUGCUACCCGUGGUCAAAAUUAAGUGUCGAAGUGGUGGCAUUGUUGAAAUCAAUUUUGAAAUUUGAUGCCAAAGACCGGUUUUCAUUUGAAAAAAUUAGAAAACACCCCUGGGUGAACCGAGAUAAUAAACUUGCCAAUUCCAAAGGGUUAUGUGAUGAUCCAAGAAUUUUGGUGAAAAAACUUAUUGCUCGUAUGAAAGUUGAUUUGGGAGAUGACGAGUUCAUGAGAGUAACCCAACAAGCCACACAAAUGUCACAGAUGAUUGCUGAUUUAGGUAAGAAAACCGCUACUUCUCAACCCACGGCUCCAAAGGCAAGAAUGUUUAGUGGGUCAAAUCCUCAUAAAAAUAACGGUGACGAUAAAGAUGGUGUGUUUGCCCUACCCGCAUUGGCCGCCACCAAAUCAAAGCCCGGAUUUGCUGCCUCACAGCAAGAAUUUACAGAGCAUAGUAAAAGACUCGAAAAGAAAUUAGAUCGUCGGGAUAGUGAUUUAUUGAGAUUUCAAAUGAUUUCUAAAGACCCUGCAAUUUUGCAAUUUAUCAAUGCGUCAGAUCGUCGCAACAUGUUUAGUCUACAAGCGAAAAUGCAAAGUCCACAAUAUACCAGCAAACAAAACUGUGACGAUGGCGAAUCCGAUCCAAAAAGACGAAGAAUUGCCGUAGUGGAAGAUUUUUUUGUCCAAGCUCAAAGACUCACAAGAUUUUUUUCAAUUUUACCAAUAGAAUCGCUUCUUGAAAUAUUGUUGGACUCGCUACAUCAAAUGGGCAUAAGUAUACCAAUCACCGACGAAACCCUUUUGAAAAUCACAGAAAAAGAGUGUUUGCCCAAAAUUAAGGCGGCAAAGAAACUUACGGGUUCAGACGAGUACCAGUACGCCACGAUCAAGAUUGAUACCAUGGACAGUAGGAAAGGGUCGAUGAAAGGCUACAUCAGAAUUACAAAAAUUGGGAACAUCACCUUGAAGAAAGUGACGUUCGAUAAGUUUAAAGGUGACCCCUUACAAUGGAGAAGUUUCUUCAAGAAAGUUACUGUGUUGUCUAGGGAGGCAGUUUAUGUUGACCAAAGUUUGAAAUAG